AUGUUCUCUGACAAAACUGGUCCUGAUGGUUUUGAAUAUGUUUAUAUUUCUUGGUCACGUUGUAUUAUGCACAGUGAAGUGUGCUGCUCUCUCCGCACUCUUGGUGUUGACACUGGUCGCCUGUUAGAUAUUAACUUUCCUGCUCGUGGGGUGAUUGGCGUUCUUGUCUAUGUCCAGUAUCUUGAGGAAUUUAAGUCCCAAAUAGCUUGUGCUAAGGUCUCUCUUAUUGACAGCUUUGAUCCACUUGACCCCAAGAAUGUUGCUGAUCCCAAGUUUGCCAAUCUGUCUCUUUCUGGUCUGGAAACCCAGACCUUAGUUCUUCAAAAUGCUUGCUGCAGUCAGGCCCUUAAGUUUCUGUGUCCUCACCUUGUUCUCCCAGUUGCACACUUCUUUAUCCAAUCAGGAUGGAUUGAUAUUAAGGAAAUUUCUGCCCAUCCUAUAGCUGAAAACUUUGGAUUAUGGAAUGCCAAUGGACUUCUACCUCGUGCAAUCAAAGACGUGCUCAACCACUGUCAAUCUCUUCAUAUGCUGUUUAUCACUGAAACAUGGCUUCUAUCCCCAGCCUGUCUUCCAACCUCAUGGUCUCAAUAUCAUCUCUAUAGAUCUCCUGUUGUGGGCAACUACCACGGAUCAAUGGGGGUGUUAUUGUUAGUCUCUCCUUCAUGUUCUUAUGCUGUCACACAAAUACCUAUGCCCAACAACUAUGCUCUUACUGUCAAGAUUGGCACCCUUCGACUUAUAUGCCUUUACUUACCACCCUCUAUGCCCACUCAUGAAGCUCUUGAUAUCCUCUCACACUGCAAAAGGAGAAUGCACCUUAUUUAG